AUGCCGGGCAGCUCUCGCAGCAUCAGUCCUCGAUCCCGAGCUAGUUGUAGUAGUAAGGGAUCGCCUAAGACGAAAAGGCCCUCGAAUGGUAAGGGUAAAUGCGCUUAUCCCUUGGGCUGCAACAAAUACCGACAAAAUGGGACAAGGUUCUGCGUGAAGCAUGGCGGGGUACGUCGAUGUGCCAUGCCUGGAUGUCCCAACGCUGCUAAACGAGGUGACACUACUAAGGCCAUGUUCUGUAUUCGGCAUGGUGGCGGCAAGUCCUGCCGCGUGCCAGGGUGUGGAGUCUCUGCUAGAGGCUCUACAGGUUACUGCUAUAAGCAUCGGAACCUGACCAGUGCGAUAUCCAGAAAGGAUUCGACAGCGUCGACUGCCUCUGGCUCCGAGCUCGAUCAAGCCUCUCAGCUUACUCCUGUUGGCUCAGCUGAGGAGGUCUCGGGUGGCGAUGUCGUUGACUUUUCGAUCGAUCUAGCAUCAUCGUAUUUGGAUGCGACCUGUUGGGAAGCUCAACCAGCCAUUGCAGAGUGUCAGACCAACUUGACGUCCCUCGAUUUCAUGGCACUCAGUGACGAGAAAUGGACAAGUUUUGUGGAGCCGUUGGAGCCUCUGCCUGAGUUGCUCACAAAUCACAUUAAUUCUGAUGCUUCUGACAAACUUUAUCUUUUCUGA